CCCGCAUGCGCAGUGGCUUGAGUUUUGUUUGAAGUGAACUGCUGCCUGGGACUGCCCUACAAGCUGCAAAGUCGCCAAGCAUUUGAUUUUAACAGUAUAUUUUCACAUUCCCUCCGUCUGCUUUCAGUGCCUCUAUGCAUCGUAGAGACGAUGUUAGGCCACCACUACCCAAAUGCCGACAAGUCGCAACAACUGGUCAACUAUGUGGAGGAUUACCUGGAAUGUGUGGAGUCCCUGCCUUUGGACAUACAAAGAAAUGUUUCCCUGCUUCGAGAAAUUGAUGCAAAGUAUCAAGAGGUGCUGAAGGAGGUGGAUGAGGUGUUUGAGAAGUACAAAGGUGAGCAGGAUGCCGCUCAGAGAAAGCGCCUGCAGAUCCAGCUGCAGAGAGCGCUCAUCAUCAGCCAGGAGCUGGGCGACGAGAAGAUCCAUGUGGUGACCCAGAUGACGGAGCUGGUGGAGAACCGCUCCCGUCAGAUGGAUUCCCACUCCCUUUGCCUCCAGGAGCCAAACGAGGCAGAGCGUCUCACCACGGAACGACGCUCCAGCGUCCAAGAUUCCCCAGCCCCUGAACGCACCUCAGCACGGCGCCCACGCCGGCAGCGUAACAGUGAGAGCCGCGACUCCAGCCACCCGUCAGCCAACGGCUCUCUGGUGGACGACCCCGUGGAGGAGCUGUCCAUCCCUCCACCCAGAGAGAAGAAGUCAAAGUCCGCAAAGAAGAAGAAGCGCAAGGCCAAACAGGAGCGAGACGCCUCGCCAGUCGACUUUGCCAUCGACCCCAACGAGCCCACUUACUGCCUCUGCGAGCAGGUGUCAUACGGUGAGAUGAUUGGCUGUGACAACGACCAGUGCCCCAUCGAGUGGUUCCACUUCUCCUGCGUGGGACUGACUUAUAAGCCCAAGGGCAAGUGGUACUGCCCCAAAUGCAGAGGGGACAACGAAAAGACCAUGGACAAAAGCCUAGACAAAAACAGAAAAGACCGUCGGUCCAGGUAGUGACCCGUCUUCAGUCGGCCCUCUCCUCAGCCUGAGGGUUAGGACUAUCAGCCGUAGUUGGUAACAGUACUUGUGAUGUUGUAAGAGCACAAUGGAAUACCAUUAGUAGCAGCGCUUCUUAUUAAUCAAGGACAAGUUGUGAUUGAACUUGUGCUGUUACAUCACUGAUUGUUCCCACUGGCUAUAAGUGUCCUGUAGUCUGUAGGGAUGUCCAGCUGCUGCGAGAACCGCCAGCUUGAAGCGACCAUCUUCCUGAAGUGUUUGUGAAACUUUUUUUAUUUUGAAAAAAUGAAAGCAUCCUUUGGUUUACUGUCCUUUUUUGUUCUGGACGAAGCCUAAUAAUAAAAAAAGUUAUUCAUGCUCAUGGUCAUUAUUUUCUUCAGUUUGGCCAAACAAACUUUUUUUUCUUUAUUUUAACUUUUUUUCUGUACUUAAUUAUUUGAAAUGGAUGUCUGUCUCUAUACAAUAAUGGCUUGUAGAGAAUAACCUGUAUUAUGUUUACAAGAGGUUGAUAUUUAAUUGAGGAGAUGAUUGUUGAUGGGACACUGGAAAAGGAUGUCAUGUUUGUGGGGAAUUAAUGUUUUCACUGGUUCACUAUCACUAUUGUGUAAAUUUCUUUUUAUAUUCAUUAAAACAAACUAUAGUCAU